CUUACUGCACAUGCGCAGUAGAGCCUCCCGGGUACUGAUACAAGAGAAGGCGCGAAACUGUAGUGAGGCUAAGCAAGCUCUUUUCAAGUCUUUUGAGGCCAUGGCGGAUCAGGACAUCAAGGAAAUAUUAGAUAUAGAUGUAAAAGAGCCACCAAAGACACCUCAACUCACCAAAGAAGCCAUAAUAGGAUCAGUGAAGAAAACGAAGAAGUCUACUGAUGUGGGGCUACGCCGUCCAUCUGGCAUGAACAGGGAAGUGUAUGCUUUACUGUACUCUGAUCAUAGUACAUCACUGAUACCAACUGACAGUGGAUCAGGCUACAGACACCCAAAGGCAAGACUAGGAAGGAAGCACGUUAGACCUUGGAAAUGGAUGCCAUUCACAAACUCAGCCAGAGAAGAUGAGCUGGUGUUGUAUCAUUGGCGUCGGACUACCGAAGAAGGAAAGGAUUAUCCUUUUGUUCAGUUCAACAAGAAACUUCCCAUUCCAACAUACACUGAUGAGGAAUAUACUGUAAGUCAUGCACUGACUU